AUUUAGUUAUGGCUCGUGCUCUUCUUACAGCCAUCCUUGGCUGUGGUAUAGCCACUGCUGCUGCACCACCAGACCCCGAACCGAUACACAUCGUCGAACUCCCUCUACCGCCGGUUGCCUCCAACGAGCCAGGGUCUUGUCCUGAGCUCAACCCACAAGGAACAGGGUGUAUCGCCGUCGAUUCCAACCUCCAAGGUGGAAGCUUCCUACCCGAUGGAAACCAUGUCCUCGCAACAGUCAACUUCACCGGCGCCCCUACCAGCCCGGACCCGUCUCGUAUAUACACCGGAAUGCAAUUGAUCAUAGUCCGGACCAACGGGACGACCUUCUCCAACGGCGAUCCCUGGAAGUGCAUCACCUGCGGCGUUCCAGACGAGAAUAAACAAGGCAGCGAGGAACUGGUGGAAUACCCGCAAUCGUUCAAAGAUGGUCGGCGUGCUAUGGCUGCAACCAGUAUCGUUGACUGUGCUACUGCUCAGCUGGCAAGUCCUGAGUGUACCCCUGACAAGGUCCACAUCUAUCCCAUCUGGUGGGAAGGGGGGACUAUUCGUGAACUUCGACUCCAUCCUGAUAAUGUGCACCUGGGGUUCAACUCCUUUACGCAGGAAAACGGUGCUCUGGGGCAGUUUGGGUAUUUUGGGAGACUGCGGUUUAACCCUUCUCCUACCACCGGGAAACUGCUUACUGCCCGUUACGAGGUGGUCAACGUCACUCGCCUCUUUGAUCCGGAUGCUCCGCAGCCUUUGACAGUCAACGGCAGCGAGAUCAAGCUGAAUUCCAGUGCCGUUUCAGUUGGCGAGCUCCGUGGAUUCUCAGGCAGCGGUCAGGAGGUGACCUAUAUCGGAUACCCAGCAGAGUCAUCCAACUGGGACAUAUUCGCCGCAGACCUUACCACCGGCCAAGUCCGCCGACUCACUCAACACCCAGAGUACGUUGACCCGCUCGAUGUCUCUCCCGACGACAAAUGGGCCGUUGUCCUCGACACCCGUGGAACAGACAGACAGAUGUGGCUCUCAGGCAUGCGCGACAUUCCCCCGAUCACAGACCUCAUCACGGCGGACAUCACCUCAGCUACACGAAACAACAGACAGCGCCGGUUCUUCCAGCCCUGGCUGAUCGACCAUGACGGUGACCGUGGCUCCUACUUUGGACAGCAAAUCAACGCCGCUGGAGACGGUAGCGACGGCGCAAUCAACGAUCCGAAUUGGAACGCCCGAGCUGACCCGCGAUGGUCUCCUGAUGGUACCCAGAUCAUGUAUUACCAGGCUCUUGUCCAGGCGCCAUCAUGCGGAGGAAAGAAUCCCCUGCCUUGUCCGGUGUCAACGGCUCCAGGUGGACGGGUUCACAGGUUGAUGUUGGCUACUCUUACGAAUCGUUCUCCAUUACCUCCGCAACCUGCUGCAUCCGUCCCGGAAUAUAUCCCCUGGGGAGUCCCCUAUAAUCCAAAAGAUCCUAAUCCAAAACGAUACGCAGUCUCCCCCGGUUCAUACACACUACACGGCAAAGCAUCAGGCAGCGCAAAAGUCAAAAUCACCGGCAAAAACAACAUAAUCAACAAUAUCGCAGUUAAGUAUACCAACUUCUCCAACGACGGAGUCACCACUCUAGUCGGGACGGAGAACGUCACCGUCCUUCAUACAUCCAUAUCGUCUGCGCGUGCAGACUGGUAUUCCGAGUUAUCUUCGACCGGGGAUGUAGAAGCCUCCAGGCGAACGGGGCCAGGCGGGUUUCAUCUUGAAAUCGAUUCCAUGACGAAUAUAUUCAAUGCAAACGGGACUAUGACGACGACGGUUGAUGGGGUUGUCUAUGAGCAGCCUGCGAAUGGGACUUAGCUGUGCGAUGGACUUGUAUAUGAACACUGGUGAUCCAUUAUUGUCCUUUAAUGCCGAAGAGAAUAAGAACUCCAGAAUAAUUUCUUCAUUGGUAUUGAUAGAAUUGGAUCUUUAUAAUGAUGCUUUCUUCAUAAAAGAUGGUUAUUUGGUGAGAUAUAGC